UUUCUAGCUUCAAUCGGAAAGGAGACGCAGAAACGUCUUUCUAGCGCGCGAUUUUCGGCAUGUCCGGUUAAGCAAAAUUCCCGCGCGCGCGAAUCAAGAGCAGCGACGACGACGAUGACGAUGGCGAUGGUGGCAAGUGUUUAGCGGGAGAGCCAUUGGACGAAGCAUGGGUAUAGAUAGGCGACGAAGAGCGGCGAGGACGGCCGAGCAUCGGCGCGCGGCGCGGGAGAAGCGAAAGGGAGGGGGAAGCGACGGAGCGCGUAAGCGUAAAAGCGACUAGCGCGCGCCGCGGUGUGCGUCGGUCGGUCGGUUGGUCGGUCGUCGCCGCCAUGCUAGUGGUUAGUUUAGUGAACCAAACAUCAUGAUGUGGCAAAACGUUCGCACGAGCUAAGGCCCGUAGCCACGCCGCGUUGACCGGCGCGCCGUCGUUAUGUUAUCCACAGUAGCACUCACGACGUUCGAUAAACACGUAUAAGCACGUAACGCGAAAAGUACAAAAAAGUAUAUACAUAUAUUAUAUAUACACGUAGAGCGAGAAAGAGAGAGGAUACGUAUUAUAUAGUAAAGAGGAAAAUAAAAGCGAGAGCGGAGUACGACGACGGCGAUCCCGUGACGACGACGGUAACGACGACGAUAAACCACGGUGACGACAGGCAGUGUCGGUAGUGGUGGUGCUCGUAGUGGUGGUGGUGGUGUUGUUCGGUGCGAGCGAAACCGCGCGCGGCGCAGCGUUGGGCCCGAUGUAGAUCAAAGCCUCCGAACCGCACGGCCGAGCGUACUCGCGCAGUGAGCAGCAUCGUCGCGGCACGCGCCGCGAGUGACGAGUGCCAACGUUCAGCCUCCAUAGCGCGGCAGGGAGACGAUCGCGAAACGUAUACACGGUACGGAGCGUUUACAGGAUCCUAGUGAAGGUCCGGAGUGAGAGAGAGAGAGAGAGAGAGAAUCGGAGCGUCUGAACGUGCAUGAAUGCGUGCGUGUGCGUACGAGAGUGCCUGUACACAUGCGUGCGCGAUGUAUGACGUACGUGCAGAGAGAAGAUCGACGCGUGGAAAUGAGACGGAGAAAGAGAGACGCGAAGCAUGCCGCAGCGUAUGUAACGAGAAAGAUAGAGAGAGAGAGAGAUAUUGCGCGCGCGCUCGCCCCCAGAAACGGGGGAAAAGAGCGAGACGAAGCGCGCGCGACAUUCCCGCGGAAUCUCCGACACGCAGUAGUCCGCGAGCGGUUUCCGACCCGAAUGUCGGCACGUCGCGAGUAGCUAUCGACGCAGAUGCUGGAUCCGAGCGUGCUAACGGACCUGGAGGAGCUGACGCUUUGCACUUACUGCAAGCAGAAGUACAACGACGCGGAGCAAUGUCCUAAGUAUCUCAGCUGCAAGCACUACUUCUGUCUGCGCUGCAUCGAGAGCAACCUGCUGAAGGGUCGCGACCUGUUCUGUGCGCACUGCUGGAAGAGGACGGACCUGGGCGACCAGGGACCGGACUCUCUACCGACUCACUCGCCUCUGCUCGCCCUGACCAACAAUCUGUCGCAUCUAAAGAUCACGACGAACCACACGUCCGGCAAGCCUGGCGACAAAGAGAGGAAGAGCGAGAACUGUCACACGCAUGGGAUGCCGCUUGCAUUGUGGUGCGCGACAUGUUGCACUGCGCUUUGUAGAGCGUGUGCGAGUCCGCAGGAGCACCCGGGUCAUCAGAUCAAGUCGCAAACCGAUGCCAAAGAACAGCUCAUAUCCGACGUUCAGCUGGAGCUGGUCGCAGUGGGCAAACUGUCGACGGAGAUCCAGAGGCUGGCUAUGCAGCAACGCGAGUUCCUGAUAAAAGUGCUGGAGGCAUGCGUGACGUUGAAAACGCACGUGGAAACGGAUCUGCAGAACGGUUGGAGUCAUUUCCCCGAGAUCACGGACGCACGCGAGACCCUCGGCAAGACGAAAGCCGGCCUGCAGAUGAGCGAGACCCCGGGCGACGUGUACGGCCUGCACGCGCAACUCGUGCUCGAGAAACAGAGGCUCCAAUCGAAGUAUCAAGAGAUGAUGCUGCAGUGCCAGCUGGACGAUCUCAUCGGCAAUUCCGGCGUGAUUUUCGACUUCGCCCUGUUCAAGCAGGCCUUGGCAGGUAUACACUCUGGUGAUCCGAUCGUGCCACAGGGCGUGGGCAACGGUGGCCGCCUGCCGAAUCAUCUGGCGGCCUCGCAGAAUCCGAUACUGUUCCUCGCUAAUUACUGCAUGUCGCAGCUGUACACGCGCCACGUUGUCAGCAAGCAGCAGCACAUGCAGAACGGUUCGAUCGAGUAUCACCACUCGAGUAUGAUGCCGCCACCGCCACCGCCACAACAGGCACCGCCGGGAUCCGUUCACAUGCAUCAGGGCCCACCACCGCCGCCGCCUGGGCCGACGCAAGCCCCGCAGCAACUUCUCAUUCCACCCGGCUCUCCAUCCGUCAAACCGGUGCCGUCCGCGCCGCCCAACGCCAUGCUGCAUCCGUCGCAGCAGCAGUCGACGUUCAUGACCGACGCAGUCGGCGGUACCGGCGGCGCCGGCGGCGGCGGCCUGGUAACCGUCCACUCGUCCCCGCAACCACCAUCCAGCGCGAUAACGGCAACGCUGACGCGAGGCCCCGCGAACCCGUAUCCCCUGUACUACUUCAACAUCGAGGUGAACAACUCGCCGCACGGGCGCAUCGUGAUCGAGGUGCGGCCGGACGUCGCGCCGAAAAUGGCCAAGAAUUUCAACGUGCUGUCGACGGGGGAAGCUGGCGUCGGCUACAAGGGCUGCACGAUAUUCCAGUGCUGGGAGGGUGAAUCCGUCAUCACCGGUGAUUUCGAGUUGAAUAACGGCCGCGGUGGACGCAGCAUAUUCGAGGACGGCUACUUCAUGCCGGACGACACCAAGUUCCCGGCGGUGAGGGGUGCGGUGGGCAUGAGGCGCACGCAGAAGCGGCACGACAACCUCGGCAUGGUCGGCUCGCAAUUCCGCAUAAUACUGCAGGAGAUGCGCGGCUUCACCGGCAUCUUUGGCCACGUGGUCGAGGGACUGGAGCUCGUGGAGAAGAUAUCUACGUUCGGCGACCAGACCGGCAAGCCUACCAAGACCAUCCUAAUCACGAAGUGCGGUAAAUUGUAACGUUUAUACGCGGUCGUUGUCGCUGUCGCGCUAUCGGGCUGUCGUAGGCGUAGGCCGGAGCUUCUAGGGAGCGAGAGGAAGAUCAGUCUCUAUCUCAUACACAUUGUAACGCCGUUACACGUUUUCCCGUUCUAGAUAACCGAUAAUGGUAGUCGCGACGGUACCCCCGAUUAUCCCUCGCGCGUCCGGCCGAAACUUAUACGCAAGAAGAGACACGAGAAGAAAUCGCGUUACACGUAGCUGUUUGACGACGGAAGGCGAUUAUUAUUACUAAUGUCCGUCGUGUAUAUCCGCCCGGGGGCACCGUUGCGACGCGUUUAGCUCCGCGAAACCUCGAGCGCAAUCGUACGAGUCACGCAACUUAAUUAACUGUUAACAAUAGCGUCUAAAGAUGUCGAAUCUAUUUUUAAAACUUGGGCGCGUGCGAGAAGAAACGAAACAAAAAAAAGAAGAAAUAAAGAUCCAUAUUUUGCUAUUUGACCGGGAAUCGAUACAAGAUUCUGCGAACAAUACGACGAUGAUCGACACGAUGAUCACACAUACACGUACAUACAUACAUGUAUACAGACAUACGUACAUACAUACGUACCUCAGAGAUCGACCGUGAUAUCGCGAUACGACUUCUAGCUGAUACGACGUUUGUUUUUUAGAGGGAGAAAGAGAGAGAGAGGUCCGAUCGUUUAUUUUUUGGCUAUUAUCGGCGUUACUCUGCUAUUAACUGCGCUAUAGAUCGUAGGGCCCGUGUCGCGCGUGUCGGGCGUUUACGUGGAGAAGAGGAUUGCUGCGCGUUCGGACUCGCAGCAGGCAGUUCGACUCUCCGUUCGACGUUGCGGGCGCGGGUAAUGUUUUAGGUCGUAGAUAGUGAAUGAAAGGAAGAGACAUAUAAAACGGGGAAGGGAGGGAAGGGGAUUUAAGUAUAGAAAAGUGUCGGGACAAGCGAAUCGCAUGUUGCACGUAUACGCACACGCGAACCUGUACACUUGUAAGGAAAAUUACGAGAUAAAGCUGCGUUUCGAUGGCUUUUUUUCCUUUUUUUUGUUUAUUGGACGAGCAAUCACGCGCGAGCGUCUUCGCGAUUUCGUGUUAAUCGAAAAUCACGGCUGGCGAUCCCAGGUGCGCGUUGAUUCUUCGUUCUGGAGUCUUAGCCGAAAACAGGGGGAAUAGAUAUACACACACGUAGCUACAGGCGUAGCUAAUCACGUAGGAAGGCGGCAAUUUACGAUUUGUCGGACACGGCGAUCGCGCGUUGUUCCGUUCCAGAGGUGCGAGGAAAAGAGCCAAAAGGGAAGGAGAGAGAAAAAGAAAACACGAAGAUAUUCAUCGCACGCGCGCGUCUUGCGAGGAACGAUCUUGCGACUCGGCUACUCGAAUACUGGCGAACCCAUUCCCUUUUCGUUCUUUGCGAACUAGCGAACCGUCGUGAAUUGUAGCUGUAUUUAAGAUUAGAUCUCAAUACAUCGCAAAUGUAUGCAAGGCCUAACUACUCCUACUACUAUUACUACUACUACUACUACUACUGCGUAGAUCGUAAGCCUCGUCGUCGUCGUGAUCGGGAAAUGAACGAAAGAAUUAAAAAAUGAAAUGUGCGGAAAUAUAUAUCUAACGUAUAUAUAUAUAUAUAAAUAUUAAACGAAUCAUUCCUCGAUGCUGUAUAUCGACGUACUACGAUAUAAUGUAAUUGCGUUAAAUGACUACUCGUCUGAAUCCUCGUAAUGAAGUCCCUGCGUUAUGUAUCGUUACUACAGAUAAACUGUCACGUGCGCGCGAGAGAGGUUUCCAUGCGCGUACAAGGCAAGACACACUCUCUCACGCGUUACCGUAUAAUAGCAAAGGAAAAAAAUUACGCGCCCUCGCGUCGUCGGCGGACAUGCCUUUUCGAAGAAACGCCUCAUUCGAUGUUGAACUUGAAAGUUUUAACACUUGUUGAUUAGCUGAUAAAAGAAGAGAAAACGUCUCUCUCGCGAUCAGUAUCGCGUUCAGCGCAACUCGGAACGUGUCGCGUUGCGCGUCGUCUUUAAGGAUAAGUAACUCGCUGCUGUACAUGUACAAUAUUGUGUGCACGACGACCGCGGAACGGAGGGUGGCUGUGCUCGGACGAAUGAAUGAAUGAACGAAUUUUCUCGGUUCGGUCCCGAGAAAGAGAGAGCAAGAGAGAGAGAGAGAGAGAGAACGAGAGACUUCGACAAACUGUAACUCGUAGUAACGAAACUCCUCGAUCGUAGGCGCAAUCAUGAGAAAAAGAAUAUGCUGUACCGAAGCGAGUGAAGCUACAGGCCCAUCUGUGUACACACAUACAUAUUACACAAGGACACGUACACGGAAACCCAUGCGCGCGCGUAUAUAUAUAUAUAUAUAUAUACACACACACACACAAACUACAUAUAUUUUUAUGAACGUGAUGAGGUAACACAACGCAUAGCUUGUAAUAUCGAUUCUAACGACCGAUCGAUUUACCUUGCCCCUCGCGUGCGAUUAAAACGAUUGAGCGGCUGUAAAGCAGUUGGACAGAGUUCUUUCCUCGCCUUUCUACCUCGCUAUAUAACUCCGCCACCUUAGGUGCAUAUACAAUCUCUCCGUCUCUCAUUCCCGCUCUGUCCCUCUCUUUUCACGAGGCGUAACGAUCAUUGAGAGAAGAAACGUAAAAAAAUCGUGACGUAUUCCUUUUUUUUUCUUCAGGUUCGCGGUAAUACCACACCGUAGAGCCGUCGUUGAAACGAUUUUUUAUUAUUUCAUUAUACAUGUACGACGUGAACGUUCAUUACCCCAACUUGAAUGUACUUUUAAUCGAUCGAUUUUGAGUUAUAAACUGUUCUCCUUUCA